AUGCAAGGCUCUCAGGGUCCACUUCCUUGUCUUGCAAGCUGCAGCCUGACUGCCAUGUCGUCCACCAUGCUUGAGUCCGAAGCCAGCUUCACCGAUAGAGCGCUGGCAGUGGGCAUGGAGGCAGCAUUUGUGAACAGUCUUGUUGGUGCCGGUAUCAACAGUUUUGGUCGCCUUGCUUACAUUUGCGCAGUCAACCCCCAAAGUGGCGACGAUGCCCCAUUAAUCGAAGCUGUGGAGAAACUCUUGAAGCGUGCCUUGGCUGCUCGCGAGAUCCCAGAUCUUCGUCGCCUGUGGUUUGAAGCUCACACUUUCGCAAUUUCGGACUUGAAGUCCCGAGUUGAAAGAUCCACUUUGGACCCUCCACGGGAACUUCCGCUGGCCGAGAGAAUUUCUCGUCUGGAGGCGCAAAAGCGUCGCUUGCCCAGUCUCGUCUUUACAGAGCGAGUUGAACCUUCUCACGGUCUAGUCGACAAGCUGCAAUCUAUGAUCGACAGUGGCACCAUCACUUACUUGCCCCCACAUAAGUGCCCAUCCCGAGCCCAGGAAAUCUGUAAUGACAAGCCGAUGCAGCAGGUGACCCUUGAUUCUGAGGGCGCUUUGAAGAUCUCCAAACGCCACGCCGAUCUGGAGUGUGAGACUCGGGGCGAACUCAAGCUUCGUGAAGCCUUUACCAGGCGUGCUCUUGCGUACGACCAGGUGGGUCUCAUGUCGUUCAUUGCCCAGGAAAAGUGGCAUACGUACUUGUUUGAUGCCGUCACCCGCGAGCCUCCACCCAACCACCGCUAUGUCAGCAUCGGCCAAGCCCUGAACGCCGAUCGCGAGCUUUGGCAGCUCAUUGCCCAAGAGAGCCGCGGUGACAUCAAGAUCAUCAAAGGCACUGAUCCCCCUUUGGAUGCCUUCAUUAAGCGCUUUCAGCACUCUCCGCAGGUGAAUGUCUGUUUGGCCCCCCUUCCUGCCUUCUCCCCUUACAAGGGAGAGCGUCCAGAUGGUGGCAAGGGCCCUGGUAAAAAGGGCGACCGCGCCGGCAAAGGCAAGGGUUCUCAGGGCAAAGAAGGCAAGGGCACGCCUUUGAAGCGCAAAGGCGAGACCUUGCAGCAGGAUCCCCGUCGUGCAGAAAUCCUCAAGCUUUUGCGUGAGAUCCCUCCCAACUGCGUUUCUCGCUUGCCCAAGACUCGGCAGUUCAUUUGUGCCCUCUUCCAGCAUGGCAAAUGCCCACAUCAGUCCAAGGAGCGUUGUGAGCGUGGUCUGCACUGCUGUUGGCAUAAGGACUGCUUCAAGAAAGGCGUGCCCUUCUGUGAAUGCAGUCACUCGUGA